AGUUUGAAAUUUCACCGGGAACAUUUGAGCACAUUUUAACAUCUUAGAGGAGGAAAAAACGGAGUAUUUAUGAACAUGGCUGAACUAGAGGACUUCUCCAAACGUAUUCAGGAAAGGCUGGCAUCAGUUCAACGAAUGCUGGAUCUGUCGAUUAUAGACUUGCCUCAGAAUAAGAUGAAAAAACUUGGUCAAGUGCUGUUUGCUAUUGAAGGGAUUUUGGAGGAGUCUGAAAAGUAUGUUAGUCGUCAAAAAGACCAACUUCAGCAUCUGAAAACACUUGAGCAGUCAUCACAAAAAUAUUUGGAGGACCUCCGGCACCUUCAAGACAACAUCCCCGAACAUUUGCCAAAGAAAAAGAACCAAGUAAAUGAGCCAGUAAAGGUCCAGACAAACACGGAAGAUAACCAGUCACGGCAACCUGAGAAGGUCAAAAAGGUUUGCAAGGGGUACAUAAAAGAAAUGGAGAUCAUCACCAUUCCUGAGUAUGAGAGCAUUCCUCAGUAUAUGAAGGGGAGAGUGACAUAUGAUCAACUUAAUGCUGCUGUGCUUUGCAUCAAUGCAUCUGUGUCAUCGAAGUACAAGAUACUGCAUCAGCCCACAAAAACACUCAACAACCAUUCACGCAAGUUACAUCAAAGGUUUAAGGAGCAAGAGACCAAAGACACCAAAGGUCAAUUCUUCAUUGUUGAAGCUGACAUACGUGAAUUUUCUGAGACGAAGGUUGACAAAAAGUUUCAAGGGAUUUUGAACAUGCUACGGCACUGCCAACGCCUUAAGGAGCUACGCGGUGGUGGUAUUACUCGCUAUGUUCUGUUAUAAAAUGUUUUUGUGUAAUUAUGUAAAUGUUGUCAUCAGAGUUUCAUACAUUUUAUACCUCUCAGAUUAUGAAAUAUAUAUUUUAAAAGGUAAAGUUGAAUGAGAAUAAAAGUCUGGUUCACCAGUGCAGUUUUCACUAGUAAUAAUAAUACUAAUACAUUUUCUAACAACACUUUCACUAUUAGAGUGUAGAAAUGAAAGCAGAAAUAUUUUGUAUUUUUUAUUUGUCUUUGUUGUUUCACCAAAAAGUUUGCUGCAUAACUACAUCCAAAAGCAUUCAUUAUUGUCGUCACUGUGCUCUAUCAUUGCUCAAGUGACGAUAGUGUGACAUCAUCAGUGCCGCCAUGACAUCACAGCGUCACGGCAUGGCUCAAACAGCAGGGACAACAACAUCUGACAGUGUAUCCCAUCAGCUGUCAUUGCCCAUAAAAGCAAUUGUCCAUUGCCCCUGGAAAAGCAAAACAUUGCACAUCAAUUUAAAUAGCAUAGCAUCCAAUAUCUUUCUUCAAAUACCUUCUGAGAAACCAAACCCACCCACUAGCCCUGUCUUGCAGUUUACAAUGAAAAUUAUAUUAUUCAUGGUUGUAUGAUUUCACAGAAAAAAACAAAUUGUGAAGUAUAAGUUUAAAUUAAACCAACAAAUAAGUGGGCAAAAUGAAUAGCUAAAACAUUUUUUAUGAUGUUUGCAAUCAUGUAACUAAAGUGACGUACAGCUCUAUCCAAAAUUUAACAUUGCUUUGUAAUUGUGUGAAUUCAGUGUUCCAUCCAACAGCAUCUAUGGCACCAUCUACAGGCUUAUAAACAUUACAGAACAAAAUAAUUUUUGGCUUCCAAUUAACAAAAUACUUUCAAAUAAAUGGUACAAAAAUGAUCAAAUAACUCAUAUCUUUGCACUGCCCUCCUCAGAUCAUAAAUAGCAUUUUCUUUAAAUACAUCAUAUACUCUACACAUUUCCUUCUACAUAAAGUCAUAUACUCUCACCUGGCAGAAUUUAUGUUUUUAUAUGUUCAGUGUACUUGGAUGUGAAAUAUCUAGAGCUAUAAUGAAUUAAUGUUUGCUGUGAUCACUAUAUUAUCACACAAUUAGCUCUAGGUUCUAUUGUUUCUCCUCAGAAAAAUUGAGGGCAGUUGGGUUUGACAUUCACUCAUAAACUACUAAAAUGGCAUCUAUUUAUUUAUCUGUCAGAUUAGCCUUAUGCGAUUUAACCACUUCCUUGACUUUUUUUUUUGACUUGCUCUCUUCACAAGGCCUCUGUUAAAACACAGUUGUAACCUCAAAUUGUAGGCCCCAUGGUUUCUGUCUGUGCUCCAAAGUAAUUGCCACUAUUACCAUUAAUUCAUCCACAAUUCUGCUUAUGAACAAGCUGAUUUGGUUGGGACCUGAAAGGUAUAAACCUAAAGUAAUAUAGAUCAACCCUCUUCAAAGUGCAAACUUAAAGAUAACAAACGAAGCGAGCACUUUAUUAUACACUACACUGAUGCACCAAACUCAUUCAGUACAAUGUAACAUUAUGUAAUAAUAUGACCACCCUAACCCUUACCUCCAUGUAAUUACAUUGUUGCAGUCACAUGUACUGCAAAUUAAAGUGUGAACCAAAUGUAUUUUAAUGAAACAUGUCCUGCGUACCCUCCCACAUAACUUGCAUAAAACUCUUCAUUAAAUCCUCUGUUAUGUACAGUAAUACAUUAAAUUCUUACAGACUGUGGGGCCCAGUGAGCCCCAACAUCCCAAAACUUUACCAAAAUCUGGUGACUACUGCCCAUCAGAGCUAAAACACAAAAUCAAAUACAGUAGAUUACAGUAGACAAGUUCAAGUAAAAUGUAGGAGAAACUAAAACAAAUCGUCAGAAUGCUAAUGCCAUCAGUGUGUUUUCUACAACUAAAAAGAGAUGAGGCCAGGUUGUGAUUUUGAAAUUGAAAUACAAUGAUUUGUUUUGUUUCUAGACUUGAUACUAAAACUGGUCUAACACUAAAGUGGACAUUAACAUUCUUAAAGCCAGACAAUGUUGAGCUUGUUUUUGGAGUCUGUUCAAAAUCAGACAGCAAAAAGUAAUCCAAUGAUUACACAGUGAGUUCAUUGUAUUUUGUUCAAUUAAGGAAAAUUAAAAAUACUGAAAAUAUUUUAAGAAGUACAGAAAUGCUAUUGGAAUCACAGACAACUAUAAGCCAUCGAGUUCUUUGCAUUUUGCCUUAAAAUAUAGCAAGUGAAAUAGAAACACUUCUAGGUCUUUUUACAUAAAUAAAUUCAUAAUUAUUAAUGCGCAAAAGUAAAAGACAAAGUACACAUAUAUCCCAAAAAAUCAAUUUGAGACGGUUCAAGACAAGAUUUUUUGUCCUUUUGGGGAUUUUUUUCAUACACAUAUUAGUCAGCGCUAGAUGGUCUACAUAAGAAAAAGCACAGUUUGAAGUCCAGCAUCCUGGCUGUGAUGGACUUAUGUGAGAAGUCCCAAAUACAAAUGGUCCGGUCCAGAGGAGAAGUGGACCACUGGCCAAUGGCUGAUUUAUUCCGCCAUGUGCUGGGCAGACAGCAGUUUGUGUUACGUUUUAGUCCGGCUGUGGCCGGGUCAGUCCAGCAGCACGAGGGGCCUGCCAUUUGGUGCUUUGACAGCACAAGUCUCCACAGAGUUGGGAUUCUCGGGCUCAGGAGCAGAGAAAAUACAGGAGCAGUUGUUUUUGAAGUUUUGCAUCACUAAGAGAAGCAGUCCAUGGUGUAGGGGCAGUAUGAAAAGCCAGAUAGAAGAGCAGGAGGAGGACCUGAGCGGGAAACGAACGAGGGCAAGAAUAUGAACCAAGAAAAGAUGGCUUCCAUAUGAUUAACACCUGCAAUAAAACAGACGUGCCGUGUUUUAAUGGUAAAUAAAUAACAAAGUAUUACUUCAAAUCUAGAGGAGACAGCCUUUGCAGUAGCAGGCCCUGAAGUGGAACGCCCUUCCGUUACACAUCAGAGCCGCUACUUCCCUGUAGAGUUUUAAAUCGCUGCUGAAAGCACACUUUUUUUACACUGGCUUUAAAUCAAGUUGAUUUUCUAUAGUUUUAUCUGUGCUCUUA